UCAAUGGGUUGUGGAAUUCCAUCGUUUGCUGGAUGUGCAUGCAUGAACAAAUCCAUUCUUUAUUUGAAACUUCAACACGUGUUAAUGCAGAAGAUAUUCACUGGAGAAACGUUGGGAGAAUUUUGGACCGGCUACCAGCUCAUACAUUUUCAUCGACAAAGCACAUUCGCUUGGGGGUAUACCGACAUGGCAACAGACAAAAUAACGGAGGCUUAUGAUUUUGGAUUAAAGCAUGGAGCAAAUGAACUAGCGCAUUUCUACGAUGAAUGGGCUACUGCUGGUAGCUAUGAUAAGAUACUGAAAAAUGGUGGCUACCAGGGACCUACCGCUGUUGCCUCCAUACUCAACAGACUUGUGGAGGAUAAGACAAAGAAGAUUCUAGAUAUCGGAUCUGGAACAGGGAUGGUCGGUGAAGAGCUUGGCAAAGUUGGUUUCACCAAUAUAUUCGCAGUGGACCCAUCCCAGGAAAGCCUCAACGUGUGUAAAUCCAAGGGCGUCUACAAGGACUUUGUUCACAGCUUCGUUGGACCUGCGCAAGUACCUUUUGAAGAAAAUUCCUUUGAUGGAGCCGGAUCAAGCGGCACCUUUCUUCCUGGUCACUGCGAUGGGACGUCAUUGAAAGAAGUGGUUAGACUCGUUAAACCAGGUGGCGUCAUUGUUAUCGCAACGAGGAAGACAUUUUAUACCGAGAAGCCAGGCGAAUGGAACUGGAGCGGUACGAAUGGCCCAUCCCAGGAGAAGCAGAUCGACUUCAAUUAUCGCGCCAUCUCAGAUGAGCUGGUGUCUUCCCGGCAGUGUUCUUUGGUCUUGGAGGAUAUUCCAGGUUAUUCGCAAGGGGUGAUGGGAUUGGCGAUGAUAUAUACGGUGCUUUGAUAUCACACACGUCCCCCGGCCCCCUUUGCCCGGGGGGGGGGGGGUAUGAAAGCGUCCUUGGCCAUGUUGAGUACGUUUGACACCACUGAGUUUGUUAUGAAUUAUGUAACUUUCUGAACAUGCAUCGAAGAAAUUCUUUAUUUACACGCAGUUGAUGUAUUAUGUUUAGUUUCUUAUAAUAUAAGAUGUGAAAUUUAUAUUUUAUAUACGGGUUCACAUACGUGUAUUUAUAUUUACAGUGGCUUUAUAAGAUUCCCGAUUCUUAAAUCUGUCAUGAAUAGCUUACUGGACGUUCUGGCGAUCGACUUUGUCCCUCAUCCCCCCUAUGUGUGUCUCACACUUUAAUGCUUAAGUUCAUACUUCAUGAUUCAUGCAUGUAUUAUAUAAGAUCCUUUAUUUCAUGCCAUAGAUGUAUGAUUAGUUCAAUUUCAUUCAUUCAAACCAUAUGAAAAAAUUCCAAUAAAUGUAGCAACGCAUACAACAAAUGAGUAUUAUUUAUACAUUCAUGAAAAAAUAAUCAACACGUGGUAAGAGGCACACAAAAAGGAUUAAAAUCUUGUUAUGCAGGUGCCCCUUUACAAGUAUAUUAAAUUAAACAUAAAUAAUUCAAUUGAAAUAGACGUAAUCUUUAUACAUUCACAGAUCAAUCACUGAAUCACCCACACCCAACAAACAUCCAUGACCCUUUUACACUUAAACAAUUGAGAGGGGAGGAGUUUGUUAAGAAAAUGGAAAGGGAAUCAAUAUGAAUAACUUCUAAUUGAUUGUCUUUUGAGUAAAAAUUUAAAUGAACAAGAACGAAUUAUUGUACUUAAAUUGUUAUAGUUCCUGCAUGUUUUAAAGAGUUAUGAAUUUUAAUAAUAGAGGUCAGUGGAAGAUAAAAAUGAGAGGCUAAACGAAUAUAAUACUGGUGGUAGUCAUUAAUAUGUUAAAAAAAUCAUGAUGUUUACAGGUGCCAUUACCUGUUAAUAGUUUCUUAAAGCUUUUAAACUUUUUUUAGAUUACAAAGCAAAAAGAAAAUGCUCUGUCAGUUAGUCCGAAAAUAUCCUAAAUAAUGAUUUAUGCUAAUGUAUGCAUAAUAUCAAAGGUAAAUGGUGUAAUUACUAGAAUACAACCCCAAAUGGCAUUUUCUGAUCAAAUUUUCAUUCUAAAAAAAAUCGUUACCACUAUAUAUUCGUAAGUGUUUUUUUUUAAUUUUAUUUAUUACCUCUUAAAAAAUAUUUUGUUAAAGUUUGGAUAUCGGCGGUGACAUAGCAUAAAUAUCAAUACAUUAAUCAAUAUUAAUUGGCGGGGGAAAAUAAUUAUAUCUAUCGCCUAUUCUGUUUCAAAAAAGUUAUUUUGUAUCAACAACAAAUAUGGCAAGCUUUAAUUCGAGAAAUAUAGUUCAUCUCCAGGCUUGUUUUUGUAUUGUUUAUAUACAAAGUUUCUUUUUAAAAAAAAAUUGUCGUCGUGUGCUUAUAUUUUUAUAAGUUAGACAAUCAUAAACAUACAUAAUAAACAUGACGUUUAUAAAUUACGAAUGUCUUCACCAUUCCCGUAGGUUGGUAUACAUGGUAUAUAUGACUCAUGUUCAGUUAAUCAUCGUUAUCUUAAUAAUGUAUUCCUUCAAAAAGUCUUAGCCUCAUAAUACAUUUCUUUAUGACUGUACCAAUGUAUAAAUUCCCCUUUGAUGAUAUUAGCGAUAGUGAAUUUAAAGGGAAUCCAACCCAAAUAAAAACUUGUUUUUAUAAGGAAAAGAAUAAUCA